AUUUAUACAACCCCACGAUGGCAUCAUCGCCAGAUAGGUGCUCUGCCGCCCGGUCCAUUGCCAACACAACAUAUCCCGGCAAAUACAUAACGUCGUCCCGCCAUGGCACUCAAGGUUGCAGUUCUCGACGACUACCAGGGCUGCGCCAAGCAGUUCUACGACAAGCUCGACAGCUCCCAGUAUGCCGUCUCAUACUUUCCCGAUACCUUGCUGCCGUACCAGGUCGCGCCGCGCGAGGUCCAAGAUGAGCUCGUCCAGCGCCUCGAGCCCUUUGACGUUAUUGGUGCGCGCCAUCUUAUUUUCCCCCUUCUUUCUACUUCACUCACUCACUCACUCCCUCCCCUUUCCUUUCCCUCCUCUCCUCUAUAAGCAAAAUGAACCGUCGUAAUCUUCCAUGAGGGAACGCACGCCCUUCCCCGCCGAGCUCAUCCAACGCCUCCCCAACCUCAAGCUCCUACUCACCACGGGCGUGCGCAACAAGGCCAUCGACCUGCCCUCCUGCGCCGCCCGCCGCAUCCCCGUCGCCGGCGCCACCGACACCCACUCGGGCCCCCCCGACAGCACCACCGAGCACGCCGUCGCCAUGAUCCUCGGCCUCGCGCGCCGCCUCGCCCCCGGCGACGCCAACGUCAAGGCCGGCCUCUGGCAGGCGGACGGUCGCUUCGCCACCGGCCUCGCGGGCCGCACCUUUGGCGUGCUCGGCCUCGGCCGCCUCGGCGCCGCCGUCGCCCGCAUCAUGCACCUCGCCUUCGGCAUGAAGGUCGUCGCCUGGAGCACCAACCUCACCCAGCAGGCGGCCGACGAGCAGGCGCUUCGCGUCGGCCUGCCCAUCGAGCGCCCCGACGAUGGCGACGGCCGCAACGGCGGUGCUGGUGAGAAGACGUUCCGCGUCGUGAGCCGCGAGGAGCUCUUCGCCGAGGCAGACGUCGUGAGCGUGCACCUCGUCCUCUCCGACCGGACGCGCGGCAUCGUCACCGCCCGCGACCUCGCGCGGAUGAAGCCCUCGGCCUUCUUCGUCAACACGUCGCGCGGGCCGCUCGUCGUGGAGCGCGACCUGCUGGACGUGCUCAAGGCGGGCAGGAUCCGCGGUGCGGCCCUCGACGUGUUCGACCUGGAGCCGCUGCCGAGCGACAGCGAGUGGCGGAGCGCGGAAUGGGGCAGGAAUGGCACGAGCGACGUCCUGGUUGCGCCGCACAUGGGCUACGUCGAGGAGAGGUCCAUUACCGGCUUCUACAGGAAGCAGGUCGCCAACCUGGAGCGGUGGGUGGCGGGGGAACCCCUCGAGACCCUGCUCACCUAAGUACUGAGUGUCGGUGCUAUGAAUGCUAGCAGCCCGUGAGUGACCUGGGCGUCACGGCCCGUCCUGAAGUUUGAAAUUGGUGGUGUAUUGUUGAGUUCCCAAUCUCAUCUCACCAGGAUAGUUUGUCUGCACUGCCGACAAUACACUCGAAUGACUG